AUGGGGGGACGUGGAUGGAAUGAAUUGCAUCGUCCCAAUGUUCUUCUUUGUAGCGUCGCCUUUUCACUAGGCCUUGCGGUGGCAGUUCGAUGGUUGACAAAUCGCUGGGGGCCCCAGAUGCGUCUCCGAAACAGGGUGAUUGUUUUGUCCUCUGUAAGAAAAAUAGUGAAGGAUUGGGAGGAGGUCUGUUUGCGUGAAGUGGAGAAGCAGAUGACUGCGUUGACGGUAGGCGAGACGCAUGACGAACUUCUUUUUACGUCGCAUGAAGAGGGCGUGAGUGUGAAGAGUAAAACUGCCCCAUUCCAUGGCGCCGUGUGUUCCAUGGCGUACGCGCCUGCCGUCAAUGUGAGCCAAUGGCUGCGUCUUUGGCGCGUCGGCCGCCAUCUGUGCGCCUCCAUGGUGGAAGAUAUGUUAUUGUUGCAAAGACUGGGGUACAUCAUUAAGUUUGUCGCAUUUCGGAGACUCACUCUAAUGGCAGAAGCGCGGUAUUACGCAGCACUCUGGCGUUGUGCUCUCUACGGGGAUGAUGGCGGAAAAAUGGGGGUUGGUGCCCGGACGCCGCGUAUACCUCCAUGGCUUGUUGGACGGCGUCCUUUUUGGUUUGUGCCUUUAUCUGGAACGGACUCAGGGUGUUCUCUCUGCCUUCCCUUGAGUUAUUUCCCUGUUGAGACUAUCCUCACUAGUACGGCGGAGGAAACAUGGAUUAGGGAACUUGUGGAUCUUCUGCCGCUUCUGACGGAAGAGGUUUCUGUGCGUUUUAUUCCCGACAUAAUGAGGACCAGGCGUACGCUUCGCCUUGUCCGCCGUCUGGUUCAGCGGAAAUUCCCUCUUCCCUGGCAGCGGUUGUGGAAGGAGAUUGACCGUUUAUUCCUCACGUACGCUGCGCCAUUGGCCAGGGAACAACUUCAAAGACGUGAGGCGGCCUGUUGCCGCUUCUAUGAGGAGAAGCUGUUUGGGGGCGUGGAAUUGGUGACAGGUGAAGGGGCGGAAAUGGAAGCCGGGGAAGAAGGUCUUUUUUCUCUCAGGCUUAGGGAACGGGCUGGGAGCGUCGGAUGUGAUGUGUUGCUGCGGGAUGCGGCGGUUUCACGCAGGCUGCAGCUUUUGCUGCGACUGCGUUCGCUGAGCCACGCAGUGCGUGUCGGAAUAGGCUUGAUGGCACCACAGCACAACUUCUUUGCGGAAUGGGUGCUGCUUACGUUGCUUUCCGCUGCCUCGGGUAAUGUGGGGCGUGAGCAAACUGUCAUGGAGUUUUCGGGGCAUGUUCUCUGGGGUUCGCUGGCAGCAGUCGUGAAGGCCGUGAUGUGGUCUCUGGAUGACGCCGUGAAGGCAAGAAUAUGCAACUUGUUGCGCAAUGAAGUGCACUAUGAGCUGAACGUGAAAUUGGCCACCGCCGAUGAGGCCUUUUUGAGACGCUGCUUCGAGGAAGGUCUCACAGGACGAAACAAUCCGGUAGAAAGUUCGUCGGCGUAUGCUGAGCAUGCAGCGUCGCAAAUGCUGGGCCGGUUUGAUUACGAGCAGCGAAGGUUUAUGGCGCGCGUUGUGGUGCUGCUGUUUAGCAUGUGGCGACGCGAAGUUUGCGUUGCGGUCUUUGCCGCUGUCGUCGCCAUGUUUGAUUAUCAUGAGGCGGCGCACAUUCUUUGUUGCUGCUUGGGACUCACGGUUGCGAAGGAGCUGGACCACGAGCUGGCGCGCAUGGAGGCGGCGGACCCACCACCAGCAGAGCCGUGCUACGGCCUCCGCCUUAUGAUGGACGUCUUGGCCGAAGCGGAGGGAAGGAAAGAGGAAGGUGUGCAGCGUCGAUACCGGCGGGGAACGACAUCCCAUCCGUGCCUCGCACUUCUCGUUUGUGGGGGUACGUUUGUGCUCGACUGGCCAGCUUCAGCGAGGCGGCGCCCAGGCGACAAUGGGGUUGAAGCCGCAACGCUGCAGCACCCAAAGUCGCUGGAAAGAUUCCUGGACAGUGUCAUCAACGACGACAGCUUCUCUCUCGCGGCGAAGGAAGAUUCACCCGUGACCCGGCGAAACACGUAUCGAACUUCGCUUGUACAAAGCCUCAAGCAGAACGCGGCUUUUGUCAGGGGAUUUGUCUUGAACACGGCUCCUGUUCAAGCCUCUGGGGCACCGGUGACUAAUGUAGUGGGAAGGGAGGACUCGCGUCAAUGGCAUGCCUUGAAUAGGAGCGCGGAGGCCAUUCUGCAUCCCGAGGAGAUUGCCCUCUUACAAGACCCGCAAGGCAUGCGUCAUAUUCCACAGACACUUUCCUUUGACGAUGUGUUUGAUAAACCCUCUCGAUUCAUUCUUCGUCAGCUUGGUCUUGAAACCGUCUUUGCUUACAUGGCGGCCACGGCGGUUAAGCAGCGCGGACGCCGGUCCAUCAAAGAGUCUCUCGUUGACUUUGUCUCCGGCCCUUUUCAUAAUGUGUUUGUGCGGACUUUUGUGCAACUGAUGGAAUUUACAGAACAGGUCUUUUUUUACGCCGUCUUCAGUUCAGAUGUGAAGUUCAUUUGGACGUCUUGGCCGGUUGUUCGCCAGUUCGCCUCUCUUGCUUCGUGCGGCCCUGAGUACCAUCGAGUUGCGGUGAAUGCGCUUGGCGGUUGGGGUGCGGUCUCGCUUUUGGGGCGAAUGAGCGGAUACCGUGUUGCAUUGAGGGAGUACGGGGAUUAUAGUUUUGGACCUCCAUUUCGUUUGGUCACGCAGCUCUCUCGCCAGUUGCCGACCAACUUGCAUGAUGCUUCACCGAUACAUUAUGCGCCGCUCUUGGUGGAGCGCCGCCGGGCAUGGAGCAGGGAAAUUGAAGCUCAUGGCAACCUUGAAGUUGAUAAUAUUGGCCGCAUUGUUGGUGGGUUUUCUCUUUUAAAGGGUAUUGUUUUCCGUGGCGUGUACUUUGCAUAUCCGCAGCUUCAACAUUGCGUGCAGACGGGGUCUGUGCAACCAACGCUGUCCAACCUCACUGUGGAGUUUCCCGCCGGCCACAUGACGGCCAUUGUUGGACCAACCGGGUCCGGAAAAAGCACUAUAAUUAGUCUGCUAAAGCGUAUGUACGAUCCGGUGCCCAAGGUGCAAAUUAACGAGGCCUGCGAUACAUGGUGCGGAAGUGAAGCCUUGAUAGAUGUUAUUCGUCAUUGCCUCUGCGUGAGUUUGCCGUUGCCUACGGAUGAAGCUGCGGAAAAUAUUAUUCUACUGGAUGGUAUUCCCGCGGGGUGCUUUUCCACAUCGUAUUUGCGGUCCGCCAUCGGGAUGCUAGAACAGGUGCCGUGCAUUUUCGAGGAGCUUACUUACAUGCAAAACUUUUCUCUUUUUGCGCCCGGUGUUUCCACGAAGGAGGUCGUGGCGAUGGCGAAACUGUGUGGCUGCGACGGGUUUGCUGAGUCUCGCGCGCUUGCGUAUGAGGGGCUCGUGGGGACGCUGAGCGCCGGGGAAAAGCAACGUCUGGCGCUAGCGCGUGCGACGGUAAUCGGUUGCAGGGGGUCGGGGGUGUUUUUGCUGGACGAGCCAACGGCCCGCCUGGACGGGCACAACGAGAGCCUUGUCGAGGAGGCGCUGCGGGGAUUGCUGGGGCGGUCGCGCCGCAUGACACUCGUCGUUGUCUCCCAUCGCCUCUCGACGGUUCGAACCGCCACCCACGCCGUUGUUCUGGACGGGGGCCGGUUGGAGUUUCACGGGCCCUUGAAGGGCGCGGCGGCGUCGAGCCGCUACCUGCGGCGAGCUUCGGCGGCGCAACAGCUGCGCGGCUAA